AUGUCAAACUUUCUCAACCACGACUUCGGGUCCGAGGACGAGGAGGAUGAUUUCAACCCUGCUCCCCAAGAAGAGUCUGAUGUAGAGGAGCCCAGAGCCAAGCCAGCCAAGAAUGAACACGACGGUGGCGAUGGUGCCGAUGAGGAGGAGGAGGAUGAUGUGAAGUACCCUCGCGACGCACAUGCACAUGAGGAAGAUGCCAAGGAUGUCGAGGAUGACGACGAGGAGAAUGAGUUGGACGAUGAAGACGAGGAGGAGGAGGAUGAUGAGGAAGAGGAUGUGGCACGUCCACAAAAGCGAAUGAAGCGCGCUGCCAAUCCUUUCAUCGAAGACGAGGCCGGCGUCGAUGAUGAGGAGGACGAGGCCGAUGAUGAGGAAGAUGAACUCGCCGAAUAUGGCAUGGAAACACAUCCGGAUGAUCUUGAUGCGCUGCCCCAAGGCACCGAGACGGACGACCGCCGCCAUCGACAGUUGGAUCGCCAGCGCGAGAUUGACGCCAGUAUGGACGCAGAGAAGCAGGCCCAGAUGCUCAAGGAGCGAUAUGGACGCAACCGUGCUGCCGCAACAGAUUCCCUUGUGAUCCCAAAACGACUGCUGCUUCCCAGUGUGGAAGAUCCCAGCAUUUGGGGUGGCCGCUGCAAGCCUGGCAAGGAGAAAGAGGUCGUAUAUUCAAUCCAAAAACGAAUUGAAGAGCGCCCAGCAGGCUCCCGCAACCCCAUUCGAAUUAUCUCGGCUUUCGAGCGCGGAAACAUUAUGCAGGGCUGGUUCUACUGUGAAGCGCGCAGGCAGGCCGAUGUUAUCGAAGGCCUCGAGGCCAUCAACUUCUACUACCCAUCCCAGAAACUGACUCUGGUUCCAGUGAAGGAGAUGCCAGAUCUUCUUCGUGUCCAGAAAUCGGAAGAACUUUUGCCUGGUGGCUGGAUUCGCAUCAAGCGUGGCAAAUACCUCGGCGAUUUGGCCCAGAUUGAGGAGGUCGAAACCAAUGGAUUGAAUGUCACCGUGAGACUUGUUCCCCGACUGGACUAUGGCAUGAAUGACGAUGCUUUCGGUGCCCCUUCUGCGGAUGCUAAGCGCAAACGCGGUGCUGUGAACACCGUCCGCCCUCCCCAGCGCCUGUUCAGUGAGACAGAGGCGAAAAAGAAGCACGCAAAGUAUCUCUCGUCUACUUCUGGUCUAGGCGGAAAAUCAUGGAACUACUUGAAUGACAACUAUGUGGAUGGGUUCCUCAUCAAGGAUAUGCGUGUCCAGCACUUGAAUGCCAAGAAUGUCAACCCACGACUAGAGGAGGUUACAAUGUUCGCGCGUGGAGGAGAAGACGGAACUGCCAAUCUGGAUCUGGCGUCGCUGGCCGAGACUCUGAAGAACUCUACCGCUGAGGAUUCAUACCAACCGGGUGAUCCAGUGGAGGUUUACCGGGGUGAACAGCAGGGUCUUAUUGGUCGCACAGUGUCAACUCGAGGUGACAUUAUUUCAUUGCAAGUUACCGAGGGCGAGCUGGCCGGUCAGACAAUUGAUGCGCCGGUUCGAACUCUCCGUAAACGAUUCAGGGAAGGUGAUCACGUCAAGGUUAUCGGCGGCAGUCGAUACCAGAACGAACUGGGCAUGGUCGUGCAGGUCAAGGACGACACUGUCACUCUGCUCAGCGAUAUGAGCAUGCAGGAGAUCACAAUUUUCAGCAAGGAUCUUCGACUUUCUGCUGAGAUGGCUGCCGAUGGACAACUCGGUAUCUACGAUGUUCAUGAUCUCGUCCAGCUUGAUGCCGCCACUGUCGCUUGUGUUAUCAAAGUAGACCGAGAGUCUCUCCGUGUGGUGGACCAGAAUGGUUCUAUCCGCAAUAUUCUUCCUACGCAAAUCGCAAACAAGAUUACUCCCCGCCGCGAUGCUGUGGCUACUGAUCGCAAUGGCGCAGAGAUUCGAAGUGGUGAUACCGUUCGCGAGGUUUACGGAGAGCAGCGCAGUGGAGUAAUCCGCCAUAUCCACCGUUCGUUCCUUUUCUUGCAUAAUAAGGCCCAAGCUGAGAACGCCGGUAUCGCUGUGGUGCGAACAACGAAUGUUGUUACCGUGUCAGCCAGAGGCGGUCGGCCCACUGGACCGGAUCUCACUAAGAUGAACCCUGCCCUGGCGAUGCAGACUCCUGGAGGCGGCGCUGCAAUGCCACCACCUCGUCGCGGCCGCGACCAGCUGAUCGGAAAGACUGUGACUAUCCGCAAGGGUCGUUAUAAGGGUCUUGUCGGUAUUGUCCGCGACGCAGACGACAGCUCCGCUCAAGUUGAACUUUACACAUCUAACAAGCCCGUACAUAUCCCUCGCGACAUCCUGACACCUAAAGAUCCUGUUUCCAAACAGCCCCUCUCCAUGGGCCGUGGAAGAGGAGGAGGUGGCCCCGGAGGGCGAACUCCAUACACUUCUUCAAGCGGUCCUGGAAGAGAUAGUUGGGCCGGUGGUCGAACACCGAUUGCGGCCGCUGAUUCGUCUAGAACACCCGCUUGGAAUGGCGCUUCUGCCAGAACUCCCGCUUGGGGUGGCGUGAGUGGCGGCCGUACCCCGGCCUGGAGGAACGACGGCUCUCGUACCGCGAACCCUUACGAAGGAAACCGCACCGCAUAUGGAGGAGUUGGCAGCCGAACCCCGUCCUGGACCUCGGGAUCUAAGACACCAUACGACUCCAGCUCCGGCUUCGACGCUUUUGCCUCUGGAUCCCGCACUCCUGGCUGGAACGCCAGUGGGGCCAACGCAGGAGGCCGUACUCCUGGCUGGAACAGCAUGUCCGCCGGCAGAGACCAGCGUGAUUUCGACGAUGCCCCAACUCCUGGUGGAAACUACUCCGCCCCUACCCCCGGCGUAUACGCUGCUCCGACCCCUGGUGCACCAACUCCUGGCGGAUGGCCCGAAAGUGCCCCCACCCCCGGUGGGGCUUUCAGCGCGCCCACACCCGGUGGCCCCUCGAAGCGAGACUAUGACGCUCCAACCCCUGCGGCGUUCGAUGCGCCAACUCCGGCAAUGGGUGGAAUGGCUGCUACGCCUGGUGCUGGGUAUGGUGGCAAUGAUGGAGGACCACGGUACGACGACAGCCCGAGUCCGUAG